GGGGUCGCAGUAGUUCCUUCCCGAAUAUUGCACAUGCGCUCGGUGGACGAAAUACUGUACUGCGGAGGAUCGAUAGCAGGUUAGGACUGGCAAAGAAUUUGUGUAUGGAAAUCUCAAACAGAACAACACGUCAGUUUUGCUGUCUCUGUCCAGAUAUUUAAGGAGUGACCAGAUAUUUCCUUUGAAACACCGAUAUAUCUAUUGUUGAUCCUUGGAGAAGAGGAUAUAACUCAUCCCUGCUGGAAGCGUGCUUUGUCUCUGAAAGGAUGACAUUUUCUAUUUUAACUCAUUGAAAACCACUGGAGCUGGGGUGUUAAGAACACACCAGCAUGUGUUCACUGGAGAUCAGUUCAACUGCAUUGAUUGUGCAAGGGAUUCACUCUGUCUGACAUCUGAGUCGAUGAAUUACCAGAGAAUUGAUAACAGGGAGAUAUCAUUCUCCUUCUCUCGUUGUGGGAAGGGAUUCACUCACUCAGCCUACCCAUAGGUGAGUUGACAGUGCAGAGAGAGGCCAUUCAUCUGCUCUGUGUGUGGGAUGGGAUCAACUCAGUCAUUCAGCUGGAAGACACAUCAGCAAAUUCACACCAUAGUGAGAAGGAUGGUUCACCUUUUCUGACUGCAGGAAGCAUUCAUUCUGUCAUCCAAGCUGAAUUCACACCAGUGAGAGGCUGCUCACCUGUUCCGUGUGUGGGAAGAGGUUUACUCACAACCUACCUGCAGAUACAUCAGUGAAUUCACAAGGGAGAGUGUGUGGGAAGAGAUUCACUUGGUCAUCUGAUCUGCUGACACACCAGCAAAUUCACAGCAGAGAGAGGCUGAACAUCUCAGACUGUGGGGAGGGAUUCAGUCAGACAUCUCACCUACUGACACACCAGUCAGUUCACACUGGGGAGAUGCCAUUCACCUGCUCAGACUGUGGGAAGGGAUUUGCACAGUCAUCACAACUGAAGGUACAUCAGCGAGUUCACACUGGGGAGAGUCCGUUCACCUGCUCAGACUGUGGCAAGGCAUUCACUCAGUCAUCCCACUUACAGACUCAUCAGCGAGUUCACACUGGGGAGAGGCCAUUCACCUGUUCUGUGUGUAGGAAGGGAUUCACUCAGUUAUGCCACCUACAGACACACCAGUCAGUUCACACUGGGGAGAAACCAUUCACCUGCUCAGAAUGUGGAAAGGGUUUCACUCAGUCAUCUCAAAUGAAGUUACAUCAGCGGGUUCACACUGGGGAGAGGCCGUUCACUUGCUCAGACUGUGGGAAGGCAUUCACUCAGUCAUCUAACUUACAGAGACACCAGCGACUUCACACAGGAGAGAGACCAUUCACCUGCUCAGACUGUGGUAAGGGAUUCACUCAGUUAUGCAAUCUACAUGCACAUCAGUCAGUUCACACUGGGGAGAUGCCGUUUACCUGCUCAGAUUGUGGGAAAGGAUUUCCUCGGUCAUUUCAACUGAAGGUACAUCAGCGAGUUCACACUGGGGAGAGGCCAUUCACCUGCUCAGAAUGUAGAAAGGCAUUUACUCAGUCUUCUCAACUGAAAGAGCACCAACGAGUUCACACUGGAGAAAUGCCGUUCACUUGCUUUGAAUGUGGAAAGGGAUUCACUCAAUCAUCUCACCUACAGACACACCAGCGAGUUCACACGGGAGAAAGACCGUUCACCUGCUCCGUGUGUGGGAAGGGAUUCACUCAUUCAUCCAACCUACAGACGCACCAAUCAGUUCACACUGGGGAGAGACCAUUUGUCUGCUCAGACUGUGGAAAGGGAUUUCCUAGGUCAUUUCAAUUGAAAAUACAUCAACGGGUUCACACUGGGGAGAGGCCGUUCAUCUGCUCAGACUGUGGGAAGGGAUUCACUCAGUCAUCUCACCUACUGGCACACCAGUCAGUUCACACUGGGGAGAUGCCAUUCAUCUGCUCAGACUGUGGGAAAGGAUUUCCUCGGUCAUUUCAACUGAAGCUACAUCAGCGAGUUCACACUGGAGAGAGGCCGUUCACCUGCUCAGUCUGUGGGAAGGCAUUCACUCAGUCAUCUCAACUGAAGGAACAUCAGCGAAUUCACACAGGGGAGAGGCCGUUCAUCUGUUCUGAAUGUGGAAAGGGAUUCACUCAGUCAUCCAACCUUGUGUCGCACUAUCGAGUUCACACUGGGGAAAAAGUUUUAAAAAGCCGUAUAAUGGAUAUUUAACCAUCACAGUUGCUGUAUCCAGAAACAAGUUUAAAAAUUAAACUGUUGGUGUUGAAAUCUGCAGUUAUUGCUGCUGUUCAUCACACCCAGUCUGCACCCUGGUUACUGGGCUUGAGAGGAGUUUUUUCUGCUGCUGUUCACCUGGAGUUUAACAUUCUGGAUCUGUGACAAAUGAAUCAGUAAUAUUUUAAACUCUGUCUUGGAUAUCUAGUGAAUUUACAAUUUGAACAGCUGUCCACCACUUGCUCUUCCUGUGGUGAUGGGUUCCAAACAGUCAUCAUCUCUGUGGGUGAAGAGGUUUCCCUUGAAUGUCUUGCACGACUUUCUCCAGACUGAAGAAGCAAAAGGUGAGCUGGCUGCUGUUAUGUUCUUCGUCCCUGAAAUCUCUGGGCCGAGGAAGAAUGACAUUGGUAGUUCACCUCAUUCCCUGUUCAUCUCGAAGUUCAAAGUCAAUUUUAUUAUCAAAGUGCAUAUAUGUCACCAGGUACAACCUUGAGAUUCACUUUCCUGUGGGCAUAUUCAAUAAAUCUGUAGAAUAAUAACCAUAACAAAAUCAAUGAAAGACUGCCCAACUAGGGUGUUCAACCAGAGUGCAGAAUGCAACAAACUGCAAACACAAAGAGAAGAAAUAAUAAUAAUAAAUAAGCAAUAAAUAUUGAGGCUAUGAGAUGAAGAGACCUUGAAAGUGAGCCCAUUGGUUAUGGGAACAUUUUAGUGAUGGGACAAAUGAAGUUGAAUGAAGUUAUCAACAUUGUGGGUCAUUUUCUCUGCUUCUAAUGGGCUGUCUCUCACACAACUGGGUUGUUAAAAAACACCAUUGUCCUCUAAAGGCUGAAACUAGAACAGAGAACUGGUGGAUAUUCAAUGGUGCAGGGUCAGAAACUAGAGACAGGUCAGCACAGGACAAGAGUUUGGGCUCUGGACAAUGGUAGGGGUAAGAGCAUAUGAUUAGGAGUGGGGGGAAAGUGGCGACAAAUAACAGGGUAGCGACAUUUGACAGAGAAGUAUUUGUUUGACUUUGACUGUUGACGCACCCAAUGCCUGUUGAGUACAUUGUUUGUGGGAAUUUGCUGUGUUAAACUGGCUACUGAGUUUUCAUAAAAAUAUUUACAAGCCAUUUGGCUUGUAAAUGCUUUCAAUGGCACUGUUCUUAAACCAUAUAUCUCUAUAAGCUACAGAAUUUACUGUAACUGCAAAUUAAGUGUGCAGGUGCCAAGAGUGCAAAGUUGCACAGAAAGACACACAUCAGUUGAGUGGACAAAAGGCUCCAAGAAUGGGUGCACUGGACCUCCCAGGCACAACUGAGAUCUUGCUAUAUAAAUCGAAGGAUUUAGGAUGCAGAUGAAAGAUAUAGUUCCAAGUUUAUCUCGCAUGAAGAACAUAAAAUAUCUUUCAGAUAAGUAAUUGCACAAUUUUCUACCAAUUGAAGUGGAACAUUGAGAUCAGGCCCUAUGUCCAGAACCUGCUGAUGGCCAUACCUCAGUAGCUAAUGGGAAAAGUUAAGACUGAGGCCUAAAAAAAAGAACUGGGUCCAACUUGCAGUGAAUUACAAUGCCAAUUAGAGCUGCACGAGGGAAAAAGAACACAAACUGCUUGUAUCCCUUUUGGUCUGAUUUUGAGCUGUCGCUCUCCUCAAUGCUGAUGGAGGAUGUUUUUGAAAUUCUGAGACAUAGCUAAUUAUUAGUAUGGACUGUAUUGGUCUCCUUCAGUUUUUCUGUGCUUUCUUUCUUGUUGCUGAUUGGCGGUUGAAUGAUAUGUUAAUAUUUGUAGGUAAGGGAGGGGUUAGGGAUUUGAGGUCUGAUGUUCCUGUUUUUCUGGGUGAGCGAUCUGGUAGUUUCUA